GGUUUUCAAGAUGAGGCAUUACCUUCGAACAUGGUUAAAAGGGAUUAAGCUCUUGGACGUGACACCUAGAAAAGACCAUGGCGCCUAAGCAGAGAGAUGCCUCGCCUGCAGCACGGGUGCCGCCGGUGCCGGGGAAGGCCUCGCAGUGCACGGCUUCGCCCAAGGAGCCGCCGCCUCCGGCCAAGGCGGCACCUCCGACCUUCAAGCGCCAAACCUCGAUCUACGCGCUCACGCCGGACCGCCGUUGGCUGCGGCCCAGCUGGGCCUUCCCAUUGUACGCCGCCGCACUUGGACUUACACUGCUCUUGUGCUUUGUUUGGCAGCCGUCCUAUGAGUUGCUCCGCUUGCAGUACACCUUCGUGGGCGUUGGGCUGCUGCUCUACAGAGUGUAUUACUACGCUCACAAGGAAAGGAUCUUGUAUUUCAUUGACCUUUGCUUCGUGAGCAGCAUUUUUCUGAUUUGGAGCCUUUGGUUUUGCACCGACGGUCGAUGUUCCCAGGAGUGGCUUUGGGCGGUCUAUCUCGUUGCGCAGGGCCCAGUGGCUGGAGCCACCUUCCCAUUGCAGACACCCUUGACACUUCAUCAUCCGGAGGCCUUUGAGAGCUUUUUCUUACAUGCCUCUCCAAUGUGGAUCUCAUACGCUGUGCGCUGGCGCUGGGCUGGCUUUGAGACGAUUCCCAGCGUGGGCCAGCUUGUAGCGGCUGCCUUUUGGAAGAUCUUCUUUCCUUGGUUCAUCGCGUAUUUGAUUUUCCUGCUUGUGCAGCCAUUCUUACCAGAUAAAAUCGCUGGAUAUGAGACGUUGGUGGAUGGUUUGAUCCUUCCUUCACUAACAACUGAGCAGCGGCUGAAUGCGAAGCGGCAGAAGUACUCCUCCUACGCAAAGGGAGUGUUGAUGGCCACCAGUUUACAUGCAGUCCUCUCCAGUUCUGGAUUUCUGGCAGCUGCACUGGCCUUUCAAUAUCAUGAAGUUCAAAUUGUUUGGAUCCUUUGUGUCUUCAUGGGUUGCCUCAUCUCAGGCUCUGGGACCAAUACGUGAUUCAGGUGUAGCAACGAAGCGUGUCCAUACAAAAAAGACAUAUGAGUUUGCAUGAGUUUGCAAUGGCUAAGAGAACUCUGGUUCUUCUCAAGCUAUAUACAUGGUUUUGGCAUCAAGUUGCCACACGUUCAAACACUUAUAUGUACAGGUGCCGGUCAAGAGCUCCUGGGGUUCUUCUGAACCAGUUGAUCAGCUGCUGCUAGUCAGUACUUGUAGAAUCAUUGGCUGGCUGCCUGCGUGCAUCCUGCUGCGUACCUUAUUUGCCAAAGGUGAAGUCGGAACGGAGUGGCUGCAGAUAUCACUUGCCUUGCUGUGCCAGUCUUGCCACCCUCAGAUUUGGGCCUCUGGAAUGAGGGCAACGGGCCAAUAGCAGCUAGCGGGGUCUUGACCCGAUUCACACUGCUAAGCAUAGAUUGUGGACGCGGAAUCUGACGCCUGAAGCGGUGCGGC